AGGGGGAUGUCAGCUGAAAAACACCGACGUGGCAACCUUAAUGACAGCGGUAGUGGUGAUGAAUCGCCUAAUCAUAACCGGCAGUCUCUCCCGAGUCUCCUACCUGCUGAGAUUGAUCACUGCGCUCUGGAUGUAACCCUCCGGAUGAAAGCAGAGAUACGAGUGACAGCCGGGGGAGCAGCGAUGUCAAGCAGGUAAAAACUGCAUGAUUGAAUCCGCUGAAAUGAGCGAGAUAGCCGAAAUGAAAGGGCCUUUAACCCGCCGGAGGAGGACCACCAUCACCGGCAGCGGAACGGUGAAACAAGCAAAAGGGAGCAAGUGUCACGAUGCCGGAGAGAACUCUCCACAGAGCCCCGGUGCUCAAACCAAAACAGACGAUGUGUCCAGGCAUCCGAGUGACGGGAAGCCAGACAGAGAGAUGAGGGGGUCAGGGCAGCAGACACACAGUCCGAUCAGAAAACACAUGAGUGUGGUGGAGGAUUUUAACCAGAGACUCAGCUGUCACGUCCUCCAGGAGUCUCUCUUAAGUUCCGCCAGUGGCUACAGCAACUACAGAGGAAUCCUCAACUGGUGUGUUGUCAUGCUGGUGCUGAGCAAUGCGCGCCUAUUCUUAGAGAACAUUAUAAAGUAUGGUAUCUUGGUGGACCCUAUCCAAGUACUGUCUCUCUUCUUGAAGGACCCCUAUAGCUGGCCAGCAGCUUGCCUCAUCAUUGGGUCUAAUGUGUUCAUUUUAGCAGCUUUGUACACUGAGAGGCGCCUGGCUGUGGGUACAAUUUCUCAAAGGACAGGAGUGAUUCUUCACAUUUUUAACCUGACAUCCAUUUUGAUCUUCCCUGCAGCGACUGUACACACUGUUACAUCCAUGACCCCAGUGGGUGGCAUACUGUCCCUAGGAGUGUACACAGUGCUGUUCCUCAAGCUGUACUCCUACCAAGACACCAACAAAUGGUGUCGAGAAAUCAGACAAAUGAAAGCCAAAAGACUAACACGAUCAAACUCCUGUCCAUCUGUGGCACAAUCCAAUGGUUCAGCAGUUCAUAGUCAUGUCUCCUACCCUGGCAACCUCACCCACAGAGACAUGUACUACUUUGUCUGUGCCCCUACUCUCUGCUACCAGCUCAACUUCCCACGCUCACGACGAAUACGCAUAAGGUUCCUGUUGAGAAGACUUUUUGAAAUGCUUUUCUUCAUACAGCUGUUGGUGGGGUUGAUACAGCAGUGGAUGGUUCCCACAAUACAGAACUCAAUGAAACCAUUCCAGGAAAUGGACUUUUCUAGGAUGGUUGAGCGCCUCCUAAAGUUGGCUGUCCCUAACCAUUUGAUAUGGUUAAUAUUCUUCUAUUGGUUUUUCCACUCCUGUUUGAACUUUGUGGCAGAGCUGCUGCAGUUUGGAGACAGAGAGUUCUACAAAGACUGGUGGAACUCUGAGACUGUCACAUAUUUUUGGAGCAACUGGAAUAUCCCAGUUCACAAGUGGUGUCUGAGACACUUUUAUAAGCCAAUGUUGAGGAAGGGGGUCAACAAGUUUCUGGCUCAAACCGCCGUCUUUCUGAUGUCUGCCUUCUUCCACGAGUACCUGGUGAGCGUUCCUCUGAAGAUGUUCAGGCCAUGGGCCUUCAUGGGAAUGAUGGUUCAGGUUCCUCUGGCGUGGUUUGUUAGUCGUUUUCUUGAUGGAAACUAUGGCAACGCCGCUGUGUGGAUCUCACUCAUCAUUGGCCAGCCUGUCGCUGUGUUGAUGUACGUCCAUGACUACUAUGUCAUUCAUUACGGGACCACUACAUAGAACAUACACACUUUCUGACAUGAACCUGUCGGUGAAAGCAGCAGCAUACAAUAGUUUUGGCCUAAUGGAUUUUUGCACUAUAGAGAAAUGAACCACAUUAUGUCAGGAAGGGAUUCUUAGAUCCUGAGAGGUGAUUGCUUUUGAAGAGUAUUCCUCUUUUAUUAGGGCAUACCUUUGAAAUCACGUCCGAAGUCGCCACCUGCUGUUAAACUUUUCAACUUUAAACAAACAAGUAUUUAAUUGCUAAGGGGUCCUAAAGUUGCCAAAGUGGGUGAUUGAUAAUUUAUGAGCUAAGGUUAGUUGCAAUAUAUUAAAUUAUAAAAGCACUUUGCUGCAUUCAGAUGGUGAAACACUGCUUGUAAGCAAACCCCCCUUUUGUUCUGGAAUAUGCGCAACAAAUGUGAACCACUGCCAAACACAGAAGAGGAUCCCUUAACAGAGCCUUGUAUUCAGAGGCAACAGAUAAAAGUUGAUGACAGAGCAAUCAUUUGUUUCUACAAGCCAAUGCUUUAAAAUUGCAAUAUAGGAAAUGAUCACAGGGAAGUUUAAAACGUUUUUUACAGUGUACAUUCUGAAACCCUCCUUUUGAUCUUGCAGUUGUUGUAGUACAGAAAUGUGCAUUUGAAGGAUUUUUUUCAACAACGAUUUUAAGGCAGGAAAGUAAAGAAAGAAACUAAACAAUGAGGGAGAAACUGUAGAAUUAUGUUUUUGUUUUUAUUUGUACAAUUGUGAACCUCCAGGCAGCCUUUCCUCUUCUGUUUCUCAACUCCAACGCCAUCAAUGCAAGCUCUUUGUGUAACAGUACAUGCUGCAGGUGUUAUCUGUAUUGCUCUUUAUCAGAGGUUUUAUUUUAUAUUUAGUGAAAUGUUAUGUGUCCGUACAACAGUUACGUUGCACUUCAAACCAAUGAUUUAAUGUGAUUUGAACUGAUUUGAACCAAUGAAUGUGUUUGCACUUUAAAGAGAUGCAUGCUGUUGACUAAAGCAAUAGAUUUUACAAAUGUAUUCUUUAGGAUAUAAAGGAAAAUAUGUUUUGUUAAAAGAAUUUGUAUGCUUCGCAAUUUGCUUGUUGAUAUUUUGUUGUUUUAUAUGGUGGACUUAAUUUGAUUUUUUCUUAGGUUAAAACAGCAGCUGCAGUGGAAAUAACGAGAGCCUUUUCAUGCCACAGGUUUUUCAAAUUCUUAAGAGGAUUUUCUUGAUUAAAAAAAAAGAUGCCAAUACAAAAAUAGCCAUACAAUAGUUAGUUAUGCUGUGCUAUUUUGCUUUUGUUUUAAUCUGUUUUCCAAGUACACAGUGAGAGUUGACUGAUCAUGACAAGUAAGAUCAAAAGUCCUCUUUUCUUUCCGUAUUGAACACAUUUCAGGGAAAACACUGUUGUUAAAUUAUACUACCAGUUAUCAAAACUAUUGAGUGUUGGCAUUCCUUAUUAAAAUGUGCCUGCUGUAAAACUAAGUUGAACACGUUAUAAUCAUAUAUAGACUUAUUGUUUUAUGUAAAAAAACAGAGGCCAAAUACACCGUAACCUUAUGUUCUGUAGGCAAUAGAAUUAUAUUUCAUUUUGUGAAUUAUAUGGGAAUUGAAGACUUACUGCACAUAUUUAAAAUACCUGUCCAAAUGCGACCUAACUCAUUAAGAGUUAAACACUUUUCUUUAAGCAAUAUUUUUUAUGUAUUGAUGAAAAGAAGAUGUUAUUUUAGAGAGCCAUACUAUCAGUCGGUCUUACCCGAUUUUUAAACAAAUGUGACCCAGUUUAAAAUCUGAGUGAGCUUUAAAGAAUGUGAGCAGCGGAUUGAAUGAUUUUAUUUAAUCUUCAUUCUAAAGUAUUGUUUUUCUUAAGUAGCACCUGUAGCAACAAUGUUUUGAGCAUUAUAUUCACAACUCAUUUCUAAAAACUGCUUCGGCAUCAUCUUCCCAAAAUGCAAUAUGCCUGUUUAAGUACAUUCUCUCUGUAGUUGGGUGGGAAAAUAAAAUACUUAACAAUACAAUUA